AUGAUGGUUACCUUGAGUGAUCGGCAGGACUGGUACGCCUGGGAUCAGAUGAUUAGAUCUCACAUACGAGAUGCCCGAUUGGAGGGAGUCAUCUUGGAAGAUCAGAACCCUAGGGGCUCUAGGAUGCCCGCUAGUAUCUUGAAGGAACUAGUCACACCAGAAGGGUAUGAGACAUACUUGCAAGACAUGACAGACCUUGAACGAAGAAGCGCUGUGCACCAAAGGCAAGAGGACGCCUACCUGAGGAUCAAAAAUAUCUUCCUCCGGACCGUAUCUGAGCGUCUGCAACCUCGUUACCUCCAUGACGACAAAGAUCUUCGUCAUUGGUAUCGCAGCCUUCAUGACAACGCAGUUGGGACAAGGGUGGAGCAGCAGCUCUCUAUUCGAGAGGAAUAUAGGAAACAUCUGUCCGUCACCGAUCCCAAGGCGACCAGCUCUUGGGAACACUGGCUUGAUCAGUGGCAAGACAUCAUGGCCAAGGCAGCGGCCGUCAACCUUCAAGAGGGCGAAACUGCCGCUUUUUGGAUUGCAGAUCUCCGCAAAAUAUUUCGGGGCAUCAUUCCUCACUGGUCCGAGACGGUCGGAUUAACCUUUGAUGAAGAAAUCGAGAAUAACACCCUACAACCCCGCAGGAUCGCCCGACAGCUACGCGCCCUAUUGGGACACAGAAUUGUGACUCGACCACCUGUCUUCGAGGCGCCUAGUUGGUUCAUUUUUAAGCCAGCGGCGGCCGAGUACUACCAAAAACGACGUGAAGAGGAUCCGACAUGGGCUGCCGAGGUUGAUCGCGAGAUCGCCAGGCGGUCUAGUAAGUGA